CAAAAAGCAAAGAAAUUCCGAUAUUGAUUUAGUUUGGCACGUAUACCUCUUAAAAUGCUUCAAAAAAGUUUGAUACUCCUUGGGACUGCAUUCCUGAUCGUGCAGGUGACGUCUUUUUCAACCAAGGGUUCGCCAAAGAGUCUGCUUAGAGAAUACGUGACUAUCAAUGGAACCGAAUACUACAUUGACAACUUUGGCGUUUCCAGAGAUGAAGCUAAAGCCGACUGCGACUCCAGAAACAUGACUCUUCUGGCUUUCGACGAGCCAAACGAAUGGGAAAAUGCACGUGUUUGGCUGCUAUUUAAUGGCUACGAUUGGGACUGGUUCUGGACAAGUGCAAUUAGGCACGUCAACUCAACCACUUGGAUCUGGGAGUCGACUGGAGAGGAAGUGACCGAAUUUUUCUGGGGAGCUGAUCAGCCAGACAUCACGCCAGGAGAGUUGGAGACCUGUUUGGACUUCCGUGUGAGGAACGGUGGCUGGGAUGAUGACGAUUGCUCUAUUUAUUUGUUAGGCUUUAUUUGCGAAUAAAACUUAAACCAAAAAUUUACA